CCCUGACAAAGGAGAAGGGUCAUUUCCCCUGGUCCAGCCAUCGAGAUCAGUAACCAACAUGACUUCACCCCGUUUCUCUGAGAGGGAAGAUGCUCUUCUCCACGAGGGGCUUGCCAGCAGGUGAACUAUGACCACUUUACUCCUGGUGUUGGUGACUCUGAGGGCCGUCGCUGCUGCUGUCUCAGUAGAUGUUUCAGACCCUGAGAACUCGCUGAGCGUGAGCAUACCGGAGCCAUCCCCGCUGCGGGUCCUGCUAGGGAGCUCCCUCACCAUCCCCUGCUACUUCAUCGACCCCAUGCACCCCGUGACCACCGCCCCCAACACCGCCCCCCUGUCCCCGAGAAUCAAGUGGAGCCGCAUCUCCCAGGACCAGGAGCUGGUGCUGCUGGUGGCCACGGAGGGGGAGGUGCGGGUGCACAGCGCCUACCAGGACAAGGCCUCGCUGCUCAACUACCCGGCCAUCCCCAGCGACGCCACCCUGGAGCUCCAGAACGUGCGCUCCAACGACUCGGGCGUCUACCGCUGCGAGGUGGUGCACGGCGUGGAGGACAGCCAGGCCACGCUGGAGGUCAUGGUGAAAGGCGUCGUGUUCCAUUACAGAGCCAUCUCCACGCGCUACACCCUGGACUUCGACCGCGCGCAGCGGGCCUGCCUGCAGAACAGCGCCGUCAUCGCCUCGCCCGAGCAGCUGCAGGCCGCCUACGAGGACGGCUUCCACCAGUGCGACGCGGGCUGGCUGGCGGACCAGACGGUCAGGUACCCCAUCCACACGCCGAGGGAAGGCUGCUAUGGGGACAAGGACGAGUUUCCGGGUGUGAGGACCUAUGGCGUCCGAGACACCAAUGAGACAUACGACGUGUACUGCUUCGUGGAGGAGAUGGAGGGUGAGGUCUUCUAUGCCACGUCCCCGGAGAAAUUCACCUUCCAGGAGGCAGCCAAUGAGUGCCGGCGGCUGGGCGCCCGGCUGGCCACCACGGGCCAGCUCUACCUGGCCUGGCAGGCCGGCAUGGACAUGUGCAGCGCGGGCUGGCUGGCCGACCGCAGCGUGCGCUACCCCAUCUCCAAGGCCCGGCCCAACUGCGGGGGCAACCUCCUGGGCGUGAGGACGGUCUACCUGCACGCCAACCAGACGGGCUACCCGGACCCCUCCUCCCGCUACGACGCCAUCUGUUACACAGGUGAAGACUUUGUUGACAUCCCAGAAAACUUCUUCGGGCUUGGAGGGGAAGAGGACAUCACCAUCCAAACAGUGACCUGGCCCGACCUGGAGCUGCCCCUGCCCGGGAACACCACCGAGGGGGAGGCCCGAGGCAACGUGAUCCUGACGGUGAAGCCCAUCUUCGAGGUCCCCCCCACUGUCCUGGGGCCCGAGGAGCCCUUCACCUUCAUUCCCGACCUGUGGGCCACGACCUUCCCCGAGGCCGAGAACGAGACCGGGGUGGACAGCAGGCCCUGGGACUUCUCUGAGGAGCCCACGCCCCACCCUGCCACUGCCUUCACCAGCGAGGACCUGGUGGUGCAGGUGACCGCAGCCCCGGGGGCAGCCGAGGUCCCUGGGCAGCCACCACUGCCAGGGGGGGUUGUGUUCCACUACCGCCCGGGAUCCACCCGCUACUCGCUGACCUUCGAGGAGGCCCAGCAGGCCUGCCUGCGCACGGGGGCACGCAUGGCCUCGCCCGAGCAGCUGCAGGCCGCCUACGAGGCCGGCUACGAGCAGUGUGACGCCGGCUGGCUGCAGGACCAGACCGUCAGAUACCCCAUUGUGAGCCCACGGACCCCAUGUGUGGGUGACAAGGACAGCAGCCCUGGGGUCAGGACCUACGGCGUGCGUCCACCAUCAGAAACCUAUGACGUCUACUGCUACGUGGACAAGCUGGAGGGGGAGGUGUUUUUCGCCACUCGCCCGGAGCAGUUCACCUUCCAGGAAGCACUGGAGUUCUGUGAGUCCCACAACGCCACGCUGGCCUCCACCGGCCAGCUCUACGCCGCCUGGAGCCUCGGCCUGGACAAGUGCUAUGCUGGCUGGCUGGCGGACGGCACUGUCCGCUAUCCCAUCGUCACCCCGAGGCCCGCCUGUGGCGGGGACAAGCCAGGCGUAAGAACCAUCUACCUCUACCCCAACCAGACAGGCCUCCCGGACCCUCUGUCCCGCCACCACGCCUUCUGCUUCCGAGCUGUCUCCAGGCUGCCUUCUCCAGGAGAAGAGGAGGGUGGCAUCCCCACACUGCCCCCCGACAUGGAGGACCGGAUUGUCAGCCAAGUGGCACCAGGUGUGGCUGUGCUCCCCUCGGAGGAGGAGAUGACGACAGUACCCCUAGACUUCUCCACUGAGCCAGAAAACCAGACGGAGUGGGGGCCAGCCUACACCCCAGCGGGCACAUCACCACUGCCAGGAAUCCCUCCCACGUGGCCUCCCCAGAGCACAGAGGAAAGCACAGAAGGACCUUCUGCAACGGAAUUGCCCUUGACCUCGGAAGAGCCCACCCCGUCUGAGCAGCCGUCCAUACAUUUGCCCCUGGUGCCCAGUGGGACUGAGCUGCUAGGAUCUGGGGAGCCCUCUGGGGUGCCCGAAGUCAGCGGUGACCUGGAAGCCAGUGGAGAAGCCUCGGGACACCUGGACUCCAGCGGGCAGGCCUCAGGGGUGAGUGGGAGUGGACUGCCCUCCGAGGACCUUGACGCCAGCAGUGUCACCUCUGCCGUGGGCUCAGGCCUGCCUCUGGGAAGUGAACUAGCCUCAGGGGAUGGAGACAGAAUUAAGUGGUCCAAUACUUCCAUUGUCGGCAUACUGCCCUCUGGAGGCAAGGGCCUAGAAGGUUCUGCUUCUGGAGUAGGAGACCUCAGUGGACUUCCUACUGGAGAAGGCCCAGAAACCUCUGCUUCUGGAGUAGGUGACCUCGGUGGACUUUCUUCUGGAGAAGGUCCAGAAAUCUCGGCUUCUGGAGUAGGGGACCUCGGUGGACUUCCUUCUGGAGAAGGUCCAGAAAUCUCGGCUUCUGGAGUAGGGGACCUCGGUGGACUUCCUACUGGAGAAGGCCCGGAAACCUCGGCUUCUGGAGUAGGGGACCUCGGUGGACUUCCUACUGGAGAAGGCCCGGAAACCUCUGCUUCUGGAGUAGGGGACCUCGGUGGACUUCCUUCUGGAGAAGGUCCGGAAACCUCUGCUUCUGGAGUAGGGGACCUCGGUGGACAUCCUUCUGGAGAAGGUCCGGAAACCUCUGCUUCUGGAGUAGGGGACCUCGAGGGACUUCCUUCUGGAGAAGGUCCGGAAACCUCUGCUUCUGGAGUAGGGGACCUCAGUGGACUUCCUUCUGGAAGAGAGGGUAUAGACACCUCUGCCUCUGGGGUAGGAGACCUCAGUGGACUUUUCUCUGGAGGAGAGGGUGAUCUAGACACCUCUGUUUCUGGAGUAGGAGAUGACCUCAGUGGAUUGCCUUCUGGAGGAGAAGGUCAUUUGGAGACCUCUGCUUCUGGAGUAGGGGGUGACAUCAGUGGACUUCCUUCUGGAGGAGACAGUCACUUAGAGACUUCUGCUUCUGGAGUAGAAGACCUUGGUGAGGUUCCUUCUGGAGGAGAAGAUCUAGAGAUCUCUGUUUCUGGCAUAGGGGAUGACCUCAGUGGACUUCCUUCUGAAGGAGAAAGUCACUUAGAGACUUCUGCUUCUGGAGUAGAAGACCUCAGUGGGGUUCCUUUUGGAGGAGAAGGUCAUCUAGGCACCUCUGCUUCUGGAGUAGGGGAAGAGUUUAGUGGACUUCCUUCUGGAGAAGGUCAUUUAGAUAUCUCUGCUUCUGGAGUAGAGGACCUCCAUGGAAUUCCUUCUGGAGAAGAUGGUCUGGAAACCUCUGCUUCUGGAACAGGAGACCUCAGUGUGCUUCCUUCUGGAGAAGGCCCAGAAGCCUCUGCCUCUGGAAGAGAGGACCUCAGUGGACUUCCUUCUGGAGAAGGUCCAGAAACCUCUGUCUCUGGAAUAGGGGACUUCAGUGGUCUUCCUUCUGGAAGGGAGGGGCUAGAGAUCUCUGCUUCUGGAGCUGAGGACCUGAGUGGGGUGCCUUCUGAAGAAGACCUGGUUGAGUCUGGUUCUGGAGACUUGGAUAUUGGCAGCCUGCCUUCUGGAACUCUAGGAAGUGGGCAAACUCCAGAAGCAAGUGGCCUUCCCUCUGGCUUUAGUGGUGAGUAUUCUGGAGUGGACCUUGGGAGUGGACCAUCCUCUGGCCUGCCUGACUUUAGCGAACUGUCAUCGGGGUUCCCCACAGUUUCCCUCGUGGAUACCACCUUGGUGGAAGUUGUGACAACCACCACUGCUGAGGAGCUGGAAGGGAGAGGAACUAUUGGCAUUAGCGGCACUGGAGAACUAUCUGGGCUGCCCUUCAGUGAAUUGGACAUUAGCGGGGCACCCAGUGGACUCCCUUCAGGAGCUGAACUCAGUGGCCAGCCAUCUGGGUCCCCUGACAUCAGCGGGGAAACAUCUGGACUCUUUGGUGUCACUGGACAGCCAUCCGGAUUUCUUGACAUCAGUGGGGGAACAUCUGGGCUUUCUGAGGUCAGUGGGCAGCCAUCAGGGUUUUCUGGGGAAACAUCUGGAGUGACUGAACAUAGUGGAUUGUCCUCUGGACAGCCGGAUGUCAGUGGAGAAGCUUCUGGAGUUCUUUAUGGCAGCAGCCAACCAUUUGGCAUAACCGACCUGAGUGGAGAAAUAUCCGGGGUCCCUGAUCUCAGUGGGCAGCCAUCAGGGUUGCCAGGGCUCAGUGAGACAACCUCUGGGCCCCCUGACCUGGUUUCCAGCAUCACGAGUGGCAGUGGUGAGUCUUCGGGCAUUACCUUUGUGGACAUGCAUUUGGUGGAAGUGACCCCAACGCCACUGAAAGAAGAAGAAGGCUUAGGAUCUGUGGACCUCAGCGGCCUCCCUUCCGGGGAGACAGAGCUCUCAGGCACAUCUGGGCUGGUGGAUGUCAGUGGACAAUCUUCUGGAGCAGUCGACUCCAGUGGGUUUACAUCCCAGCUUCUGGAAUCCAGUGGCCGACCAAGUGGAGUAGCUGAGAUCAGUGGAGACUCCUCAGGAGCUGAGAUGGGGAGCACCAUGCCCUCAGGAGCCUACGAUGGCAGUGGACUUCUAUCAGGUUCCCCCACCAUUUCUUUUGAGGACAGAACUUUGGUGAAAUCUAUAACCCAGGCUCCAACAGCCCAAGAGGCAGGAGAAGGGCCUUCAGGUGUUUGGGAACUCAGUGGUGCCCCUUCUGGAAUGCCAGAUGUGUCUGGAGACCACUCGGGAUCUCUGGACCUCGGUGGAUUGCAGUCCGGGCUGGCAGUGCCCAGUGGAGAACCAUCUGGUGCUCCAUUUUUCAGCGGGGACGUUUCUGGCACCGUCGACAUAAGUGGGGACUCAUCUAUACACACGAGCACCAGCGGGGAGACCUCAUGGCUUCCAGAAGUUACUCUAAUCACGUCUGAGUUUGUGGAAGGUGUUACUGAACCCACUGUUUCGCAGGAACUUGGCCAAAGACCACCUGUGACACACAUACCCCGGCUCUUUGAGUUCAGCGGCGAAGCCUCUGCCUCUGGCGACCUUAGUAGCGCCACCCCAGGGUUUCCUGGUUCUGGGGUCGAAGCCUCACCAGCCCCAGAACCCAGUGGCGAGACUUCUGCCUAUCCUGAAGGUGAGGUGGGUGCAUCUGCCACCCCUGAGGCCAGCAGGGCAGCUUCCGGGCCCCCUGACCUGCCCGAAAGCACCCCCUUCCAUGAAGCUGACUUGGAGGGAGCCUCAGGCCUGGGACUGGGCAGCAGCCCCUCGGCCUUUCAGGAAGGCCCUGGGGAGGGCUCGGCCAUCCCGGAAGUGAGCGGAAAGCCCAUGGUCACCGAUGACGGGAGCGCAGAGGCGUCGGGCUGGCCUUUGACCACACCGGUGGCUUCUGGAGACAGGACUGAACUCAGUGGAGACCCAUCUGGUCACCCCUCGGGGCUAGACGUCGUCAUUGGCACCAGCGUCCCAGAGUCCGAGUGGACCCAGCGGACCCAGCAGCCUGCAGAGGCGCUUCUAGAAAUCGAGUCCUCAAGUCCCUUGCACUCAGGAGACGAGACCCAGACAGCAGCCACAGCCAUCUCCCCGACAGAUGCUUCCAUCCCGACUUCCCCCGGAGGGACAGACGAGUUGGAGGCCACAGACAUUGAUGAGUGCCUCCCAAGCCCUUGUCUGAAUGGAGCCACCUGCGUGGAUGCCAUCGACUCUUUCACAUGCUUAUGCCUUCCCAGCUACCGAGGGGACCUGUGUGAGAUCGACCAGGAGCUGUGUGAGGAGGGCUGGACCAAGUUCCAAGGCCACUGCUACCGCCACUUCCCCGACCGCGAGACCUGGGUGGACGCCGAGAGCCGGUGUCGCGAGCAGCAGUCCCACCUGAGCAGCAUCGUCACCCCGGAGGAGCAGGAGUUCGUCAACAACAACGCCCAGGACUACCAGUGGAUAGGCCUGAACGACAGGACCAUCGAAGGGGACUUCCGCUGGUCUGAUGGACACUCCCUGCAAUUUGAGAACUGGCGCCCCAACCAGCCCGACAACUUCUUCGCCACGGGCGAGGACUGCGUGGUGAUGAUCUGGCACGAGAAGGGCGAGUGGAAUGAUGUCCCCUGCAACUACCACCUGCCCUUCACCUGCAAAAAGGGCACAGUGGCCUGCGGAGAGCCCCCCACGGUGGAGCACGCCAGGACCUUUGGGCAGAAAAAGGACCGGUACGAGAUCAACUCCCUGGUGCGGUACCAGUGCCAUGAGGGCUUCGUCCAGCGCCAUGUGCCCACCAUCCGGUGCCAGCCCAGCGGGCAGUGGGAGGAGCCUCGAGUCACCUGCACAGACCCCGCCACCUACAAGCGGCGACCACAGAAGCGGAGCUCCCGGCCCCCACGGCAGAGCUGGCCCGGCACGGCCCACUGAGGGGACCCCAGGACCACCCGGGAUGCUGAGCCCAGGAGCCUCGCCAGGCCGCGCUGCACACACGGUGUCCUCUCCUUGUCGCUUUCUGUCAUAUAAGGAAUUCCAUUAAAGACGGCAAAAAACAAAUCCCACAUUGUGUCUGCGCCCACCCGC